AUGUCGACGCUCAACGAAAUUACCUCGGACGCCGACUUCUCGGCACACACCUCCUCUCUUCCUCCCUCAGCCUUACUAGUCCUCUACUUCCAUGCGCCGUGGGCAGCUCCCUGCGCCCAGAUGCGCGCCGUUCUCUCCGCCCUCGCCUCCCAGCACCCGGUUACCACCCCGCCCACCAUCUCCUUCGUGAGCAUCAACGCCGAAGAACUCCCCGACAUCUCCGAAGAGUACAACGUCACAGCAGUCCCCUACGUGGUCCUUAUCCGCAACGUCCAGAUCCUCGAAUCCGUUAGCGGCAGCGACGCCGUCAAGGUGCGCGAUGCGGUCGAGCGGCACGCGGGCGCUGGAUCGGGCGCGGGCGCAGACGGCGCGAACAAGACGGCUAUCCCUCCUCCUUUGACGGCUACGCCUCGCGAAAAUGCCCCUGCGGCUGCUACGCAACCGCCCGCUCCCUCGACCCAGGCAUUGACGCCCGAGCAGUCCAAGGAGGCGCUGUUUGCACGGUUGGCGGAGCUGGUGAAGGCCGCGCCGGUUAUGCUCUUCAUGAAGGGUACACCUAGUGCGCCGCAGUGCGGAUUCAGUCGCCAGUUGGUUGCCAUCCUGCGGGAGAAGAGUGUCAAGUACGGGUUCUUCAAUAUUCUGGCCGAUGAGGACGUAAGGCAGGGGUUGAAGGAGUUUGCGGACUGGCCUACAUUUCCUCAGUUGUGGGUUGAGGGGGAGCUGGUUGGUGGAUUAGAUAUCGUCAAGGAAGAGAUCAACAACGACCCUGAUUUCCUGAGCCAGUUCUCAGUUAACAAAGCUCCUGCUACCGCUUGA